CAACAUGGCGGACGAAGAGUUAUUUCAAACGCUGCUGAAAACACAUCUGGGAGACGGCAUGAAACGCUAUUAUCAAGACAUAUUAAGAGAAUUUAUGCUAGUGAGUAUCGGGGCAAAAGCUUCUUUGCUUUUCGAUUAUGCGUAUGUGGAAUCGUCUAAGAUGUUUUCGCUUUUGCAAGAUCUCCAAAGUCAAAACAUCUUGGAGAACGCUUUGAGUGUUGUCGUUCUUGGCGAGGAUAUAAUUAUUUGUGACAUGUGUAAAAUUAUAACCUUUCUCGAGGUUAGAUUACAAGAAAAUGACUUCGUAGUAGUGGAUAUAUCUGUUCAUUUGAAGAAACCUAAAGUUAUCUGUAAAAAAGAGCAAUUUCUUCAACUUUUAGAGCAGAUGCGCCAUAGACUUCUCGAAUGUGGCUCCGAAGGUAAACCUUGUCAAGAGAAGGCUUUGAUCCUGCACAUUGAUACGUUACCUGACUGGAAUAUAUCUUCUUUAUUUGGCUUUCUGCUUGGAUACCCUGUCAUUUAUUGGUACGACAAAGUCGGUGAUUAUAACUGCUUAGCAAUGGAGCCAUUAUACCUAUAUCAAGUGUUUAUUUCAACGUCGACAUGUUUGCACUUUGAGAAGUUAAGGAAUACUAAAAAGAUGAUAACAAAGGGCAAUCAGAAAAUGCAAAUGAUCUCCUUUUCAGCACCACAGUGCUUGUUUCCACAUUUUGAAAGUUGUGUUGAAAGAUGGAAAACAGCACUGGUGGCAGCUGUCAAAAAAGUAGGCAUCGACAUCGAGUUUGCAAGGACAGCAGUUGUUCAGGAGCAUGUCAUUUUGUAGGCUUGAGGAAGUUCAAUGUUCUCUACACCCUUCAUAUUGUUGGGUUAUAGAAUAAUUUGUGUUAGACUUGUGCUUUAUUUGAUCUAGCCUUUUACAAUGCAAGAUAAAAGUGCUAGGAAAAGGUACUGUAAGUAGCCUGCAUAUAUCCGAUAUACACAAGCUUAGCCUUUGGUUAGUACAGUUCAGUACUGGAUGUAUGUAGAUAAUACUGUAACUAGCAGUGAAAAAUAUAUUUUAUACAACACAGGUGAUUCAUUUGAUUAUGAACUAAUUCAUCUUGUGUUUUUCUAUAAUCCUUCCAAUUAUUUUUAUGAUCUUGAUCAGGGAAUUAUUUUUUAUUGUGUAAAGAAAUGGAUUAUGUAUGCAUUCUCCCUUUUUUGAGGCAGUAAUUAUAAGUGAGUAAUAAAAGAAGACUACUUAGAUUGAACUGUGGAAAACUAUUUCUAUUUAAUAAUAAAAUGUUUACUUUGUUUA